AUGGCUGUUUCUUCUGAUCAAUUGUCGUUUGUAUUCGGCCUACUUGGCAACGUCGUCGCAUUUUGCGUGUUUUUAGCCCCAGUGCCAACGUUCUACCAAAUUUACAAGAAAAAAUCAACUGAAGGGUUCCAAUCAAUUCCAUAUGUAAUUGCACUAUUCAGUGCCAUGCUGUGGAUAUACUAUGCAUUUCUCAAGCCUAAAACCACUUUCCUCAUUACCAUCAACUCAUUUGGCUGCUUCAUAGAAACUAUCUACAUUUGCCUCUUUCUUUUCUACGCAACAAAGAAGGCUAGGGUGGAAACAGUGAAGCUACUUGUGCUGCUAGUGGCUUGUGGAUUUGGUCUUAUUGUUCUCCUAACUCACUUCCUAGCCAAAGACUCCGCCCGUGUCCGUAUUGUUGGGUGGAUUUGUCUAGUUUUCGCGCUAUUGGUGUUCGUUGCCCCCUUAUGCAUAGUGAGACAAGUUAUACGAACCAAAAGUGCCGAAUACAUGCCCUUGCCUUUAUCAGCUUUCCUCACACUAAAUGCAGUUGCAUGGUUCUUCUAUGGCCUUUUACUCAAAGACUUCAACAUUGCUAUUCCCAAUGUUCUGGGAUUCGUUUUUGGCGUUCUCCAAAUGGUGCUGUAUAAGAUUUACAGCAAGUCAGAGAAAGACAAUGACCUUGAGAAACAAGGCAAGGUUUCUCAGUUGGCAGACCAAAUUAUCAUCGUGGAGGAAAAUCAGCUUUCGGACAUAACUGAACAAAUCAUUGACAUUGCAAAACUUGGACAAUUGGAGAAAAUUCCUGUGGUUCUACGAGCAAAUAAUUGCGGACUUGAAGCUGAUAAAGAUCUCAAUGUUCAAAUGGAGCCUAUUAAAGUUUAA